AUGAAAGAAUAUCAGUACUUGAGCCAGGAGCAAGUCGACCAGUUCCUCGAGCAAGGCUACAUUGUUGUCAAGAAUGCAUUCAGUCGCGACGCGGCUGCUCAAUGGACCGAAACCAUCUGGAUUAGGCUUGGUCUUGAUCCCAACGACAAAACGACCUGGGACAGGGAACGCAUCCAUAUGCCAUCCCACAAGCGAGAAGAAGUUGUGAAGUUUGCCCCUAAGGCUUGGGCUGCGAUCACGGACUUGUUGGGCGGAGAAGACCGAAUCGACGAAAAGAGUAGCAGUUGGGGUGAUAGUUUCAUUGUGAAUGUUGGGACUCCAGACCUGGAAGGUGCUGCGUCCGUCCAUCCGAGCGACCUCGACAACUGGCAUGUGGAUGGAGAUUUUUUCGUUCAUUAUCUUGACUCUCCUGAACAAGCCUUACUAGUUAUCCCAAUCUUCUCGGAUAUACAACCAAGGGGAGGAGGGACCUAUAUAGCUCCAGGUGGAAUUGAUCUGGUUGCGAACUACCUUGCCGCCCAUCCGGAAGGUGUUCUGCCAACCGGGUGCUCAUUCACUCCUUCGACAAGCAAAUACUCUGAUCCUCGAGAGGACCCUGGUCAUUUUGCGCUUUCAUCCGUCGCCAAACAGUGCAACAGUUUUGUCGAGAUUACCGGAAAUGUUGGCGAUGUUGCCUUGCUUCAUCCUCUAAUGCUUCACUCGGCCUCCAAAAACCACCUCAGAAUACCAAGAAUUAUCACCAAUCCUCCUGUCGGUUUGAAGGAACCAUUCAAAUUUAUAAGGGAACGUAAUGAGGAUUAUAGCCUCGUGGAGAGAAGAACGCUAAAAGCACUUGGUAAGGACUUCUUCGACUUCAAGGUCACUACGGAAAGGCGGAAGUUAAUGCCGCGACGGGCUGUUGACCAGAACAAAGUCUUGGAGGAAGAAAAGAGAAGACUAGCUGCGGCGGGAAGAACGUGA